GUAUUAGCUGCAUCACAUUCAAGAUGUCGGCGGUGUACAUGUAUCCCAUGUGUGUCCGGGCGAGCCGGGGCCUCCUCAGACUGAGGCAGGGGACCACUGGCACCGCAUCCCCCGCAGUGCUGGAUGUCUUUAGAGGACUAUCCACUGACACGACUAGUAGUAGCGCCACAGGAGGACUGGCACAGGCAAUCCUGCAGGAGAGACUUCAACAGCAGCAGAAAAGCCAGGGCCAGCCUCCUCCGGAUGGCAAUGACUCCGGUCAGAAGAAAGAUGAACAGGGCGAGGACAAGAAACAGAAGGAAAACACAGCAUACGCUAAGAAGGUGGUCCUUCGAUUAGCAGGAAUAAUGGGACUUGGAAGUACGGUUGGCAUUGUGUACUUAUUUGGUAGCAGUUCUGUGGAUGAACAAGGAAAAAAGAUUCCAGAUGAGUUUGAUAACGAUGUUCCAGUCAUCCAACAGCUCAAAAGAACCUUUAAAUACUUCAAAGAUUACAGACAGAUGAUCAUUGAGCCCACAAGCCCAAAGCUUCUCCCAGACCCUUUGCGAGAACCCUAUUAUCAGCCUCCAUAUACUCUAGUGCUGGAGCUCACCGAUGUCCUCCUGCAUCCAGAGUGGUCGUUGGCCACAGGCUGGCGUUUUAAGAAGAGGCCUGGCAUAGAUUACCUGUUCCAGCAACUGGCCCCGCUGUAUGAGAUAGUGAUCUUCACAUCAGAGACAGGCAUGACGGCGUACCCCUUGAUUGACAGCAUAGACCCUCAAGGAUUCAUCAUGUAUCGGCUCUUCAGGGAUGCCACACGCUACAUGGAGGGCCACCAUGUUAAGGAAGUGUCUUGUUUGAACAGAGACACCUCCAAAGUCAUUUUAGUGGACUGCAAGCGUGAAGCGUUCAACCUUCAGCCGUUCAAUGGCUUGGCCCUGCGCAAGUGGGAUGGAAACUCGGAGGACCGCACACUCUAUGACUUGGCUGCCUUCUUAAAAACUAUUGCCAUCAGUGGAGUGGAUGACAUACGUACGGUGUUGGAGAACUACGCCCACGAGGAGGACCCUAUUGAAGCCUUCAAAAGACGGCAAGCGCAGCUCGCACAGGAAGAGGAGCAGAGGCUUUCUGAACGUACUCAACAGAAGAAUCAGGGAUUUUCAUUGGGGUCCAUAGCAGGCCGUUUCUGGUCUCGGAAACAACAGUGAGGACUCUUCGUAGUCACACCCACCAGAAACGGUCCAACCUGGACUGUGACCCACCAUUGAGAUGAGGGUCGUAGUCAAAAGGGUGGACGGCGUAUGUGGACGUGUGAGAGGGAGGGGAGAACAGCUUCAGUCGGGCAGAAACAUCCAAACAUCUACACUGAAUGGUUGCUACUUUGUUAAAGGGGUUGGGAUAAGAAGGGCCCAGCUCCAAAAGACGAUCUGUUCUUGUGUAGGAGAUGGCACUUGGACAGCAGACACACAGAUGUGGUGCCCUAAUGUAUGACCUCACUUAUGAUUACAAACUGUUUCAAGGGGUUUCGCAUUCUCGUGCUGGUUGGGCCGAUUCCUGUCAUCUCCCGUAUUAGCUCUGCAAGAGCAAAGAACUACAUACAACCACAUGAACUGAUGAAAUGAUACUAAUACAUUUCCAUCACAUACAGUAGGUCCUAUUUUAUAACCUAACCUAACUGACUUGCAACGGUCUGAUGUUAGACUUCAAUAAUGUCUGUUGAGGGCAUGGUCUGCAUAAGUGGUCACCAAAUUAAGGAUGACCCUUCUGUGUCCUCAUGCUGCCAGUGAGACUGUGUUUUUCAUGGUGAUGCUGUUGAGCUGCUUCGAGCAGAACCUCGUCAUGUGAAGUCAAAUAAAGAGAGCUGAAUCUGGUGCUGUUUCUCUCCGUGUCAGAAAUGGCCCCUUAUGUCUGAAGAUGCACUUGAGUAAUGUUCUUUGUAUUGCUAUUGAUGUGAACAGUGACCCACUUAGAAUAUGUCCAAUAAACCAUAAUAUUAGACAUUUUGUUUCAU